AUGUCCAAAAUGUUGGAACUCAAGAUCGCCCGGGUCGACGUUUUCCGGGUCGAUCUGCCCUACGUGGGAAAGGUUUACCGGCUCUCCGGUGGCCGUGAAUACGCGAGUUUCGACGCCACCAUCGUUCGGAUAACAACACAGAACGGCAUCGAGGGAUGGGGAGAAAGCACCCCCUUCGGGUCCACCUGGGUAGCAUCUCAUGCGCUCGGAGUCCGGGCGGGAAUCGCAGAAAUUGCGCCCAAGCUGAUUGGGCUCGACCCUCGGAGGGUUGAUCGAGUCAACGAGGUCAUGGAUGCAGCACUUGUUGGCCAUGAACACGCAAAGACCGCCCUGGAUGUGGCGUGCUGGGACAUUUUUGGUAAAUGGGCGGGGCUUCCAGUCUGUGAACUUCUGGGGGGUCGCACGGGUAUCCAGUUACCCCUGAUAUCGUCUAUACCUGUGGAUGAACCCGAAGUGAUGCGUCAACACGUCGCCAAGUUUCGCGCAAAAGGGUAUCUUGGACAUUCGGUCAAGCUGGACGGGGUCCCCAAGAAGGACGCCGAACGGAUCGCCGCCUGUCUUGCCGACAAGGAACCCGGGGAAUUCUUCAUUGUUGACGCCAACGGUGGCCUGACGGUCGAGACGGCUCUACGGACCCUGAGGUUGCUACCGGACGGAUUGGACUUCGUCCUGGAAGCUCCUUGUGCUACAUGGCGAGAACACCUUUCUCUCCGGCGCCGGACCAAUGUCCCCAUCUUUUUCGACGAACUUGCCACCGACGGCGCGUCCAUCGCAAAACUGAUUGCCGACGAUGCGGCCGAAGGAAUCGAUCUCAAAAUCUCAAAGGCCGGCGGCCUGACCCGGGCUCGUCGUCAACGUGAUAUUUGUUUGGCGGCUGGAUAUACCAUAGGGGUGCAGGACACCGUUGGCUCAGACAUCGCGUUUGCCGCCAUUGUCCAUAUGGCCCAGACCAUCCCGGAGCGCCAUCUGCGCUGCAUUCUGGAAUCGCGCGACAUGGUCGCGCUCAAGACGGCCGAUGGCGACUAUCAGGUCCACAACGGUCGUAUCACAGCACCUACCACGCCCGGCCUGGGAAUCACACCGAGACUGGACGUUUUGGGUGAAGCAGUCGCUACUUAUACCUAG